AUGUCGGUGAACGACCUACCCCCCUCUGCGGACCCAACGAUAUCCCAUACCAAUCAGCCAUAUGCAUCUGAUCUCGAAGAUCUCGACAAUCGACUAAAGCGCCUAUCGGAGGACGUUUUUCCUCUUCACCCUUACCUUCUCACUCUACCGACGAAUGCCCCAUUUCGUCUGGGCUCCCGUUCCGCGAACAAUUGGGCUGUUGGACAUGACCGGCCGUUCACCUCGGACGAACAGCAGCUUCAGUAUAUGACCUUCUUGACACACGACAGCGGCGAUUCUUUGCUUUUGGCUGUUGGCGAUUGGUCGGACGAGUCUGGACGCAUGAUGGCCGAUCGUCCUAGGAUCACAACCACAACCGAGAAUUCUCGAGACGCAGUCUCCAAGAAGAAAAUCAGCCUGAAAGAUUACAAUACUCAGAAAGUCACUAGCACCUCCGUCGCCACACCUACACCUCCACCUCCGGAAAAUCACAGUCGAGAGCGCCCAGCACACGCGAAUAAACGCGAAGGGGGAGCUAAGGCGCGCGCGACAACUCCAACCCCAGACCUCUCGAUCUCGAGCGACAAGCUUGAAACAAGAUCAAUUCCUACAAAACCACUAUCGCAACACCGAUCACUAUCACCCACUAAGGAUUCGCAUUUCUCUAAGAAACGGCCUUCGGCGUCACACGCAGAUUUCACCUCAAACUCACACCCACGAUCAUCAAAGGGCUCGGAAACAAUGCACUCCCCAAAAAAGCCGCGACUCUCCCCCGAGAAGGACCAGCGCAGCGACAACCCCCCCAACGAAGUCUUCGCGCUCUCCACGGCUUCCUACAUUGAGAAAGAGCUGGCUAAGAUUGGCGGGCACUCUCCUGUCCGUCAUACUUCCCCGAAACGCGAAAAUGCUGCGAUAAGGACAAAACGCAAUGAUGAGACUCAAAAUAAGACCCCCAUAUCGACAUACGUGAACAGCAGCAAUUCGAGUCAGCAAGGCGGAGGCGGUCGUGCAGGUCCAUCACUCAAAGACAAAGACGCGGUUGCGCCCAAUCCACCAAGGCGCAUUGUGACUCUCAAGUAUGGGAAGUCAAAUCGGAAGCUUGUCGAAGGCCUUCUUAAGUUUGCUGGGAAAAAGAAAGCUUAUCCGACGAAUUCUACACCUAGCGCGGACACGGAUCCCGAUGAUGUCUCCCACCCUCACGCUGAAAGGAGGAGAGAAGACCCCAGCCAAUUGCGCAAUAGUGUCUCGUCCAAAAAGAUCAAGACCAAGGCUAGACACGAAGCUGACGAGACCGUCGGCUCUAACUCUGCUGCUGGUCGAGCCCGAGAGCGAGAUGCCAAGGUGUCCAUCGACAAACCUACCACCCCAGCAUUCCAUCCACCAACCCACGACCGAACCAAACAAAACACACUGACGCCAGUCAAGGACCUCAAGGGCAUGGUGUCCCGCCAUGGCGAACCAGGUGAUGGCGACGGCAAAACACCAAUCAACCUGACAAACAAGCGAUACUCCACGGACCUGGGAGUGAAAGGAUCGCCCUCGCAGCCAGAAAGCCGAUCUCGCGACAGCGAUCGUCGCGCCUGGCGAGAUGAGUUCCAAAAAUUCAGCGGUAUCGGUCGAGAAUUGAAACACGCCUCAGAGCGUUAUACAGCCAUGACAGGACCUUCAAUUGAGGACGAGAAAUUAUCCGUCGUCACCGCUAUCGAAGCAAUCCUGUCCUUUAUACUUGCAUUCCUCGCUGAUAACCAGUGCAAGUCCCUUGCGCGACAAGGCGGUGAUUCCUCAUCGUGGGUCUCUAUCCUGGCUUAUUGGCGCGUGGUCAGGAAAAAGAGCGUUGCAUAUCCGGUAUUACAUGGGCUCUCUUUACUUCUUGGCGCUGUAUCGUACGAGGCUAUACAUGCGUUGGAUCUUGAACGUCUUGCUCUCAGUCCGUUACCAGGAGAACACACCCCGGCCCCUACACCUGGUGCCGGCGGCGGUGAUAGUACUAGUCAUGCUACCCCGGCCCCGCCAGACGACUACAAGAAAGCGUGGGAAAAGAUCUCUGAACUGAGAAAUCGCCUUCCGGAGUGUUAUCGGGAGUCCCAGAAACUUUGGCUGGAAGGAUCCAGGAGUCUCUCUGAAGAUGUUCUCGGUCAAGAGUUUCCCAAUACCUGGUCACGACGAUCGCAUAAUUUUGCUGAACGAGGCAGGAUACCUCUACGAGCUGGUGAAUAUGCCGGUGACUAUUUCCUCCCUCUUGGGGGAAUCACUCAGCCUAUUGAGAUUGUGCGGUUUAGUUGGUCGAUUCUUCAUGAAUGGUGCGAGCAGGAGGGCAUUCAUUGGAAUGAACGGCUCGUUCUUUGA